GGUGAACCUUUUGAGCUCAGUGUGUCAGCAUUUUGAAAAACCCUAACUUAACUCUGGUGCCAUGUCACAUAUAGAAAUUUUUUGAUAUUUGCAACCAUAGUAAAACAAAGAUUUAUAUUUUUGAUAUUUAUUUUAUAUAUUUAAAUGCCAUUUAACAAAGAAAAAUCAACCAAAAAAAUGAGUUCCCGUGUCACCUCUGACAUGCAUGUCAUAGGUUUGCCAUUACUGCCUUGGGGGAUGUCCAACUGCUGGCUUAGGCCUGCUCCUUACUGCUUGGCUUGCUGCUCCUUAGUGCUGCCACGGAGGCGGAGGCGGGAGAGACUCCCGCCACUGCUGCUGCACUCACCAGCCGAGGGCCCGGCUUCUGGCUGAGCGGUGCUCCCCCUGUGGGAGUGCACUGACCACCAGGGGGCAGCUCCUGCGUUGAGCGUCUGCCCCCUGGUGGUCAGUGCAUGACAUAGCGAAUGACUGGUCAGUUGAUUUGCAUAUUAGGGUGUUAUUAUGUAGGAUUUGCUUUUAGAAUUCAAAUAUAGUUACCUUUAAUUCUUUAUUAUAAAAGUAUAUGCAUUUAUGCUUAUGAAAAACAUACAAACAGGCAAUGUUCACAUUACAGAGAUCCUGUUGCAUUAUCCCAUGUUGCAUAUAUAACAGCAUACAUGUAAGGAUUUACUGUCAUUAUUUUUUUGAUGGAAUCUGAAACGUUAUGAUUCUACAUGGAACUAUUCACAGAAGAGUAAAUAACCUUGGGAAUUGAUGCUGAGUGAUAGUAAAGAGAACAUCACUUCUUGUGUGAAAUGUAUCUAUGACUGGACCUGCGAGAUGUAGGACUUCAUGACAUUCUUGUAUUUGAGGGUGAAAUUUAUUUAGUUAAGUGAGGGCAUGUAAAUAAACUGCUAGCCACAUCAUUACUCCAGCUUGGACGUUAGGCCCAAAAGAAAUGUUAGCAUUCAGGUAUCUGUAUAUUUUCUUUAAUGCUAGCUUCAGAAUGUAACCAAGUCAGUGGAAAUAGUGGUAUUACCUAAAUUUCUAAUCAAUUAAAAAAUAUUUUGGUGACGGGAAUAGGUAGGUAGGAAGUAGUUAGCUGAACAACACUUACUCAAAAAAUAGGCAAAAGUUAAAAAGUGUGGGAGUAUUUGCAAAGUAGUUCUUAGACAAUGGAGUGAUACUAGGAUAUAUUUACCAAAAUUUGUUUUUAUUUCCAAAUGACUUUUAUAUCUAGUUUCAUAGGCUCUGAUGAAACUAUUCAGAACUAACAGAACAUUAGGAGAGAAGAGUUUCAAAGGAAAAAGAGCCAAAAUUUAAAUGAGAGGUCAUAAGUAUAUGUAUGCAUUAGAGCUAGAUGAAGAAAGGAUUUUACCCAAGGUGCAGGUUGACCAUAUGUACGUGCAGUUGAUGUCACAAUUAAUUUCAAUCUUUUUUAUUCAGUUAAUAACUAAGGCAACUUUUAUUAAAGUUUUGAAUGUUAAAUUCUAAAUAUGUAACAGAUAGCAUAUUACAGAAGUAGUUCUGAAGUUUGGAUGAAAGCAGGCCUAUACUUGUGCAACCUGCAGUGUUCUCUGCUUGAUUCCCAUUGGUUAGGAGUCGGAGUCCUAAAACAUGACUGUUUUUCAAGUGCCUACGUGGGUUUUUCAAGACAUAAAUGUAGACUUCUACAUGUUUACGAUAUAAUAUUUAAGAUAAAGCCAUAAAACAUACAGGAUUUAAAAAAUCCCAAAUAUAUUUUAAGCCACUUUUGUUAUAAGUAGUGAUCAAUAAUAUAAUUAAAAAUAUUUAUAAAUUAUAAUAUGCUAAUAUUCAUAAAUUGGUAUGGGCAUGAGAAUUGGCUGUUCCUUAUAUAUAUUCAAUAUAAUAGCUUUGUUUUUUAAAAAUGGGGCAGGAAGCCUUAUCAAUAGAAACCUAAUUUAGUGGUAGUUUUAUUCCCAUUUUAUCCUGAAUGUAGCAUCUACAUGGCUUAUGUCCAAAUUUUUAAUAGUGUGUUUGUGAUGUGUUAUGUUCCAGAGAUUUCAAAGUAGCAAUAAUAAAAGAAAUACGUGAGACACAUCUAAGAAAUUGUUUGAAAAUCUGAAAACACUGAGGAAAAAAGUCAAAGAAGUCUUGUAAAUCAAAGAAAUAAUGUAAUAUACCACAUAUAUGAAAUUUAUUCAGUUGCCAUUUUGAGCUAUAUUAAAAUGGUUGAAAAUAUUGAGCUCUUGACAUUGCUGUUAUAUUUUAAGGGAAGUGGAGUGCAUUGCAGAUAAACAAUAUACAGAUUGAAUAUUCAUCCUGGAAACUUCUAAUUUACAGAUAAGACCUGAGAAGAAGCUAGUCGGUCAGGUACCUUAAAUUAGGGAUUACUUGAAACAUUCUCUUCAGUAGAAAUGAUGCAAGAAAAGAGGUUUUUUCAUAAGAUGCCUUUUGUGGAAAUGAAGUGACAUUCCAUCCUAUACAGCAUUAUCACUCAGCAUUCUCUGUGCUGGGGAAAUUGUAGAGCAGGGAUCAUUUAUUAGCUUGAGCAGGCAAAGGUGGCUAUGCUUUCAAAGUCACAACCAAGUUUUAGAACUUGUUAUAGGAGUUUUUGAAGGGCAGGGAUAACUGAGGCUACAUUUUCAUGAAGUUAUGAAUACCUUUACUUUGAGGUAUUAAUUAUCCAGUUCUUGCACUUGAAACUAUUUAAAAAAAUUUUUUAUAUAGAUUUUAGAGAGGAAGGGAGAGGGAGAGAAAGGGAUAGAAACAUCAAUGAUGAGAGAGAAUCAUUGAUCGGCUGCCUCCUGCACGCCUCCCACUGGGGAUGGAGCCCACAACCCCGGCAUGUACCCUGACUGGGAACCAACCCCCUGGUUCAUAGGUCGAUGUUCAACCACUGAGCCACACCGGCCCGGCCUAAAAACUACAAGUAUCUUUACGCUAUCACUAUUUGAAUUAUAGUCAUAUGAUUUUGGUCCCAGCUUAUGAUCUUGGGCCUCAAUUUCUUUACAUUAAAAGAGGUUUGAACCAGGUUUAUUCUUUCAAAAGACCAUUUACUAGGUGUUCUUGUCUGCAUUGCAGAAUCAUUGGACUUAGCAGUGAGCAAACAGCUAGGUUGGGAUAAAGGCCAUUAUUUUGAUUAGUUAUUUUUCUCUUAAAGAAUUCCAUUCACAGUAAUGUUCUUUUCGACGCAGAAUUACAUAUUUACCUUCAUAAGGGCUCGAAGUUUAUUUUGCCCAACUCCUUCCCUGACUAAUGAGGACAACUGAAGCUGGAGAGGUAGCCUUUAUCAAUUAGUAUUACAUGUCAGCAAUCUCCUGCCUUUGAAGAUUCAAACAAACCAGCACAUUUUAAAGUUUAAUGAAUUUCAUCUAUAAUGUGUAUAUACAGUAUUGGGAUUGCACAUUAUUUCUUAAAAACUACGAGAACUGUUAGUUUUUUGACACUAGAUCAAAUUAUUGAGAGUAAUAUUACAACUAAAAAAACCCCAAUAGAUUCUUAGUUUGGACUACCAUUAAAGGUUAUAUCAACUGAAAAAAUAGGUCAUGUCAACUGAAAAAAUACAAAUGGGUACUAAAGGCCCAUGAACACCUUAGAUUGAUUUCACUGAAGUGUUAAGGGAUUCCAGUCUGGCAGGGACCCAGUUUUUCCCCCCGGACUUUAAAAUUUAGCUAACACCAAUUUGGAAUUUUCUGUGGAUGACAAGAGGAAUCUGUAGUUUUUGUAUUUUCUCCUCCAAGAGCUGCCAGCCUCCCACACCUGCACCGGUUUUUUGAAGCUGUGCUGUGCGUGCCCGACCCGCCCGCCCUCAAGGCUGCUAUUCCCUUGUGUGCGCUCCAAACGAGUUUUGAGCCUUGGCUGCAGCCUGUUGGUCCCAUUUCCUACUGCACUGGUUCUGGUUAGGGAGUGGCUCUCCCAGGACUUCCACUAUAUUUGUGCUCCGGCACCGGUAUGCACAGGGUUCCAGUGCAUUGUUUUCUAAUAGGCAGGCGCCGGUAGCGCUUCAGCCUUAGACCUUUAUUUUACAUUCUUUCGUCUUGGGCUGCGUGUACUCUCUUGUUUCUGCGCGCUCUCCACGUCCUUCCCAGUUUCCUGUUAGCUAAAGGGAUCGCUCUUUCGGAACGAAAAGUUCUCAGGGCCGAGUGGAACCUCCCGGAAAAUGCUCUUCUCUUCCGUGUGCACGGCUGGGAGUGGGGGUGGGCCAGCAACUGAAAGGGAGGACCCGGGCCCCAGGGAGCGGCGGGAGAGGUGUGGUUCGAUGGAGAAAGGCUGAGGGGUGGCGAGGCAGACCCGGGGCAGCGUCCCUUCAUCCGGGGACGGAGGGAACUUCUAUUCAGCGCCAACUGUGCGCAGAGGCCCAAGUCUCUCUGGGGAGAUCUGAGCCCAGGAGGUGGUAGGGUGCACCCAGGGGGGCCGGGAGGCAUCGAGAUUCCCUUUCUACUCCAGGGCCAUUCUUGCUCCUGCAGCCCGUGAACCAGAGGAAGGAGCAUCGCCACUGCCAGGCGUUGGGGGUUGGCUGCUGAGGUUUCCUGUCCUCGCGGCGCUCGCGUCCCUCCUGGAGACUCCAGCCCCCGGGGAGGCGGGAGGUGUCCGGUUCCCGCUGUCACUCCCAGCCUCUCUCCCCGCGCUGCUCGCCUUCUGGGUCCGGACCCUGUCCAUCCCGAGGCGAGGUGGCCCGGGCGGGCCGCAGCCAGUGGGGGAGCCUGGCGGCCCCGCCGGGAGGGCACCUGGCCCCACGGACCCUCCUCGCGCGACCGGUGGGGGCGGAGGAUGGCGGCGGCGGGGAGCCCACCCACUGACCGCUGCCGCCGCCCCCGCCGGGCGGUGCUGUGUCCCCGCAGGAGUCAGAGAGGAUGGCCGGGGCCGGUGGCCAGCACCACCCUCCGGGGGCCGCGGGCGGCACGGCUGCCGGGCCCAGCGCCGUGGUCACCCCCGCUGUUGCCUCGGCGGGGCCCGGAGAGGAUUCGUCCGACAGCGAAGCCGAGCAAGAGGGUCCUCAGAAACUGAUCCGCAAAGUGUCCACCUCGGGGCAGCUCCGGACCAAGACCAGUAUUAAAGAGGGACAGCUGCUGAAGCAAACCAGUUCUUUCCAAAGGUGGAAAAAGCGAUACUUCAAGCUUCGAGGCCGUACACUUUAUUAUGCAAAGGACUCAAAGUCUCUGAUAUUUGAUGAAGUUGACCUCUCAGAUGCCAGUGUAGCUGAAGCAAGCACAAAAAAUGCUAACAACAGUUUCACGAUAAUCACUCCAUUCAGAAGACUAAUGCUAUGUGCUGAGAACAGAAAGGAGAUGGAGGAUUGGAUCAGCUCACUGAAGUCUGUACAGACCAGAGAACCUUAUGAGGUGGCCCAGUUUAAUGUGGAACAUUUCUCAGGGAUGCAUAACUGGUACGCCUGCUCCCAUGCCCGACCCACUUUCUGUAACGUGUGCCGAGAGAGCCUUUCCGGAGUCACCUCCCAUGGCCUGUCCUGCGAAGUGUGUAAAUUCAAGGCCCACAAAAGGUGUGCAGUGAGGGCCACAAAUAACUGCAAGUGGACGACUCUGGCCUCCAUCGGGAAGGACAUCAUAGAGGACGAGGAUGGGGUGGCUAUGCCUCACCAGUGGCUAGAGGGUAACUUGCCUGUGAGUGCCAAGUGUGUUGUCUGUGACAAAACGUGUGGCAGCGUUCUUCGUCUACAAGAUUGGAAAUGCCUUUGGUGUAAAAUGAUGGUACACACUGCCUGCAAAGACUUGUACCAUCCUGUAUGUCCACUUGGCCAAUGUAAAGUGUCUAUCAUCCCUCCAAUUGCACUAAACAGCACUGAUUCUGAUGGUUUCUGUAGAGCAACGUUUUCAUUCUGUGUUAGUCCUUUACUGGUUUUCGUCAACUCCAAGAGUGGAGAUAAUCAGGGAGUCAAGUUCCUUCGACGGUUUAAACAGUUACUAAAUCCAGCUCAGGUGUUUGAUUUAAUGAAUGGAGGUCCUUAUUUGGGUUUAAGAUUAUUCCAGAAGUUUGACAAUUUCCGGAUUCUUGUUUGUGGAGGAGAUGGAAGUGUAGGUUGGGUUUUGUCAGAAAUUGAUAAGCUCAACUUGAAUAAACAGUGUCAGCUUGGAGUGCUGCCUUUGGGUACCGGAAAUGACCUGGCCCGGGUUCUCGGCUGGGGUGGUUCAUACGAUGAUGACACUCAACUUCCCCAGAUACUAGAGAAGCUGGAACGAGCCAGUACCAAAAUGCUGGACAGGUGGAGUAUAAUGACCUAUGAACUCAAAUUGCCACCAAAGGCUUCUCUACUUCCAGGACCUCCAGAAGCACCUGAAGAAUUUUAUAUGACAAUUUAUGAAGAUUCAGUUGCAGAUCAUCUUACAAAAAUCCUUAAUUCUGAUGAACAUGCAGUAGUCAUAUCAUCUGCUAAGAUACUAUGUGAAACUGUAAAGGACUUCGUUGCCAAAGUAGAGAAGGCAUAUGACAAAACGUUGGAAAAUGCUGUUGGAGCCGAUGCCGUGGCCAACAAAUGUUCGGUCCUCAAUGAGAAGCUUGAACAACUGCUCCAGGCUUUGCGUACAGACUCCCAGGCUGCUGUUCUCCCAGGCAUCAGCCCUGUCCUUGUAGAAGAAGAUACAGUGGAAUCUUCGAGUGAAGAGUCCUUGUGUGAAGGCAAGGAACAGCUCUUGGAUGACACUACAAAACCUUCCUCCCAGAAAGCAGUGAAACCAAAGGAAAUAAUGUUGCGGGCAAAUAGUUUAAAGAAAGCAGUGAGGCAAGUCAUUGAAGAAGCCGGAAAAGUUAUGGAUGAGCAGACAGUUCACCCCUGUGAGCCAGUUAAUCAGUCAUUCGAUUAUGAUAGUACAGAAACAGAUGAAUCUAAAGAAGAAUCUAAAGAUGAUGAUGCAAAAGAGUCAUUAAUUGUUAAAACUGCACCUCGGUCUCCAGAUGGCCGGGCAAGUCGUUCCCAGACUGACUCUGGCCCUGGCCCAGCUGUGGCAGCCAGCAAAGAAAACCUCCCUGUGCUCAACACCAGGAUAAUCUGCCCAGGUUUAAGAGCAGGACUAGCUGCCUCAAUUGCUGGGAGUUCUAUUAUCAACAAAAUGUUACUAGCAAAUAUUGAUCCUUUUGGUGCAACGCCAUUUAUUGACCCAGAUCCAGAUUCAGUAGAUGGAUAUUCAGAAAAAUGUGUCAUGAACAAUUACUUUGGGAUUGGAUUAGAUGCAAAAAUUUCAUUAGAAUUUAAUAAUAAGAGAGAGGAACACCCUGAAAAAUGCAGGAGCCGAACUAAAAACUUGAUGUGGUAUGGAGUCCUUGGAACCCGGGAGUUACUACAGAGAUCAUACAAGAAUUUAGAACAGAGGGUUCAGCUUGAGUGUGAUGGACAGUAUAUUCCUCUCCCCAGUCUGCAAGGAAUAGCAGUACUGAACAUUCCCAGCUAUGCCGGAGGCACUAACUUUUGGGGUGGAACUAAAGAGGACGAUAUAUUUGCUGCACCAUCAUUUGAUGACAAGAUCCUGGAAGUCGUUGCAAUAUUUGAUAGUGUUCAAAUGGCGGUUUCAAGGGUCAUUAAACUACAGCAUCAUCGAAUAGCCCAGUGCCGUACAGUAAAAAUCACUAUAUUUGGUGAUGAGGGUGUCCCAGUGCAGGUAGAUGGUGAAGCAUGGGUUCAGCCUCCAGGGAUUAUCAAAAUUGUGCACAAGAACAGAGCUCAGAUGCUAACAAGGGACAGGGCUUUUGAAAGCACUCUGAAAUCUUGGGAAGAUAAGCAGAAGUGUGAUUCUGGUAAACCAGUUCUUCGAACCCAUUUGUACAUCCAACAUGCUGUUGACUUGGCAACGGAGGAGGUGUCUCAGAUGCAGCUGUGCUCCCAGGCUGCGGAGGAGCUCAUUACGAGGAUUUGUGAUGCAGCCACAAUCCACUGUCUCUUGGAGCAAGAACUGGCCCACGCUGUGAAUGCUUGCUCCCACGCACUGAAUAAAGCCAACCCCCAGUUCCCAGAGAGUCUUACGAGAGACACUGCCACUGAAAUAGCCAUCAAUGUGAAGGCACUAUAUAAUGAAACGGAAUCUUUACUGGUUGGCAGAGUUCCUUUGCAGCUGGAAUCCCCACACGAGGAGCGGGUGUCCAGUGCCUUACACUCUGUGGAGGUGGAGCUGCAGAAGCUAACAGAGAUCCCGUGGCUUUAUUACAUCCUCCACCCAAAUGAGGACGAGGAGCCUCCUAUGGAUUACACCAAGAGAAACAGCAGAAGCACAGUGUUUCGCAUAGUGCCAAAAUUUAAAAAGGAAAAGGUUCAGAAGCAGAAGAUAAGCUCACAGCCUGUUCAGAAAUGGGGCACAGAGGAAGUUGCUGCUUGGCUGGAUCUGAUCAAUUUGGGAGAGUACAAAGAAAUCUUCAUCCGUCAUGACAUCAGAGGGGCUGAACUUUUGCAUCUGGAAAGGCGAGAUCUUAAGGACCUGGGGAUAUCGAAAGUGGGUCAUAUGAAGCGAAUUCUCCAGGGAAUUAAAGAGCUUGGAAGGAGCACUCCCCAGUCUGAGGUGUAAUCAUAUUGGUGCUAUUCCUUAGAAGGGAAGUAAUGGCUAUUUAAUACAAAGUCCUUGGAAGCAGUUGACUGUUCAUGUAGUUUUCUGCCCAGAUAAGUAAGCACCACUGAAGCACCUCCAUGGCUUGAUAUUGUGCCGUUGGUGAAAAUUUUGAUUUGAGGUAUUAGAAAAUAUUUUUGUGCCAAAAAAUACAUUCCACAAAGCUAUUUUCUUACUGUGCAAACCUGAUAUGUUCAAAUUUGCUCAUAUAAGUAAAACAGUAGGAUGAGACAGUUGCAUUGUCCAAAAGGUGAAAUUGCAGAAUGUUUGCUUUCCUUAAACCUGGUCAGAUGGAAUGUUCUUACUGUGCACUCACAUAAUAGUAUAUGGCUAAAACUUCUUAGGUCUCAUUAUUGGAGGCAUUGGCUUCCUCCUCAAAAUCAUUGGUUAGAGGACUAAGGUAUAUAAAGAUGUGUUUUGAAUGUUAGAUUGGUAUCACCUCAGAUUCCUAGUGUCCUGUGGUCAAAUAAUAGGGUUAAAAUCCCUCAAAUACUAUGAAUGAAUGAACGCAAAUCUUAAUGCACGGUGUUGCUGCCUGAAUUGUCUCUUUCUUGCAUGUCCAACAUCUACUAUUGUAAAACUUAGUGUUAAUGUCAGUUUUAAUGGGAUUAAUUUAUUACUACCUAAGUACCUUUUUGUUAGCUAUAGGCACUUUUCUGUUCUUUGAUGUGGACUUUGCAUAAAUACUCUGUACCUAAGAAUUUGUGAACAUGUGUCUAUGCCAUAAUCAACAAAUGAUAAACAUUUUAGGCAAGCCAAUUUUUGUCAACCUAUCAUAAAGAGUAGGUAUGCACAUUAAGAAAAUUUCCUGGAUAGUUUCAUAAAAUUACAUAUUCUGUUGUCUAACAACAUUAUGCUUUCCAAACCAAAUUUUCCACAUUUUUUCUUAUUUUUCCAUUUCAAUUUAAUAAUUAUUUAAUGCUGUGUUUGCAUUUAUAUAUAGUAACUGUUGACAUUCAGGAAUUUCUUCAAUGUCUCAGCUGUGGUUUGUAUACUGAUCGGUCACCCAGACUCACCCACUAGCUAAAGUUAUGCUUGACAUGAACUUCCUCCCAACAAGAGAAAUUUAAAAUUUUUAAAGACCUUUACAUUAUUAUUAUUAUCUCACAUAAUUCUUAUAUCUUAUCAGGUAGACAUUAUUUUCUUUUUCUAACCACCAUACUUCAGUGUAGCUCAUUAGGAGUCAACAUUGCAAUUAUCAAAUCUUUGAAAGCCAAAAGCGUACAUAUCAACAAGUCACAAAAUACUUCAAAUAAUCUUUUUAGAUAUUAUAUGCCAAAAAUUAAUUAUAAUAUUUAAAAAUCUUCUAUAUAUAAGAAGUAAGCAGGGUACUGUACUGACCCAGUGGUGACAAUUUUCAUAAAGUAACCUUUUAGGUAGGUGCUCAAUAGGAAUAUAUACACACGCAUAUAUACAUAUACACACAUAUAUGUAUAUACACCCAUAUACAUUUAUAUGCAUAUUCACACUUAUAAUCACAAAAUAUGCUCUCAUUGAUAUGUUCUAGACAACUCUUUGCUGAAUGCGUAAAGAGAAAUAUUGAUGGGAAAGCAUUAAAAUGAACUGUUGUCAGACAUAAUUUAAUUAUAUCAAAGAAGUUUAAUUAUUUGACAUUUUAUUCUUAUUUAUAACUUUAGUAUCUAACUACUACAAAAAUCAUAAAAUUUGGAUAUCUUACAAAUAAAUAAACCUGAUAGGUAGGUUCAUGACCAAGUGUGUCUUACUAUAUAUUUUAUCUAAGUUGUGAAUUAGUGGAAAUUUUCCAAAGAGAAUUAUACCAGGUAGCUUAAUAGAGUAAAAAGUUAUUCACUUAAAAUGUUAAUGUUACCCACACCUAAGAAAUCACAGGCCUUUUCCAGUUCCUUUUGUAGUCCCCUGUUCCCUGCCCCCCAGCCUGCAUGAUAUCCUGCUCUUCCAGACACUUCCCUGGGAAAAUAAAACACAUGCCCGGUCUCCCUGUCCAACAAGGAGGUGGGAACUCUAGACAAAAACGAAUUAAUAUAAAGAUCUUUAUUGAUUUUCACUUCCUCAAAUACCUCUUUGCCAAUAGAGAAGAUUCUUGAGCUAUUACAUUUUCAGAAUGGAAAAGGAAGAGAUAAAUGACUGAAUUUUUUGGUUUGAUGUUGAUCUUUCAAACUUAGAUACCAUCUCUUAUAUUUACUGUAAAACCUCAGUUAAUGGAAUCUUUAGGUAGGUAGAAUUUUCCUGCAAGUGGCUCUUGGAUGAGGGGAAUCCUUUAAAAUGACCAUUUCGAUAUCUUUUUUGUUGAAUGAUAGCACAUUUCCUGGUACAUUUUGUCAUGUGGCAUUGUGUAGGAUCCAAAUGACUUCACUCACACCUGUUUGCCAGGGUAGUGCCCUCAGAGCCUCCUUAGGCCCCUGGCAGUAUCACAGAGGAACCAGCUUCUUGUAAUAGAUGGGGUUACAAAGAAAACAGGAUGAAGAAUUUCUCUAGGGUGUCUGAUUACAGCUCUGGGGAGUGCAGGUGAGGCCCCUGUGCUAGUCCACGUACAAGCUGAGCUGUAAUGGCUACCUUUCCUCUCUGCUGGGCUCUUACCCAUGCAGAUAAUUUGGGAGGGAUGGAGAGGAAUCACAACCAACAUCCACUUCCUUUCAGUCUCAUUUUUCUGAGGAAGAACGUGCUUUUCAAGAAGAAAAGGGACAGAGUCAGGCCUAAGUAGAAUUUCAGUGUAAACUUAAUUUUUCUCUUCAGCGUCUUUCCACCUCCCUUUUAUUUCUCUUACAUUUUCUGAGUUUAUUUCUUUUUUUAAUUUAAAUUUAUUGGGGUGACAUUGGUCAACAUGAACAUAUAGGUUUCAGGUGUGGGUUUCUAUAUUGCACCAUGUGUCCACUUCCCUCUCUGAAUUUCUUUCCCAGUUCCUGGCUUCACAUUUUCCCAUGUGCCCAGUAUAUGAUGGUUGCUCAAAUUCUCACUACCAUAUACUACCCUUUCCUCAUCAACUGUCCCACUGCAAAAUGGCUCCUUUCAUCUCUCCUUGCCUGAGCACUCAUUGUGGGUCAUCUAGCAAAAUUUUAGGAAGAAGACAAUAUAAAGAAACUAACUUUACAGUUUGUAUUUAAUAAAAGGAAAUGCUAAUUUAAGUGAAUUAAUGGAUUAAGUAAUUGGGAACUAUGAUACACAUUGCUGUGGCUAGGAAAGGAGUCAUCCUCGAAUGUCUAGACCUGUGCUGUCCGAUAUUAUAGCCACUAGGCUCAAGUGGCUAUUUAAAUCUAAAUUACUUUAUGUAGAAAUUGAGUUUCUCAUGUGCACUAGCUACAUUUCAAGUGCUCAAUAGCCACAGUGGACUAACAGAUAUUGAGUAUAUACAUCAUUGCAAAAACUUUACCAGAUAGCAUUGGUCUAGAGCAGAGGUGGGGAACAUCUGGCCUGCCAAAGCAUUAGGGGUGAGUUAAUUAAAUGUUUAACCAAAUAUAGUAGGCUGAUUUUUAAGUUGAUGAUUUUCUAUGUCUUGCAAAUGAUGUUGUUAUAAAUAUCCCAAUGGCCCUUGGCAGAAAAAAGGUUCCCCACCCCUGGUCUAGAGCAUUGCUACCCAAAAUGUAGUCCAUGGACCAGCAGCAUCCUUAUCACCUGGAAACUUAUAGAAAGGCAGAUUCUUAGGUUUACUUCAGACCUACUGAAUCUAAACCUUGGAACAAGAUUCAUCAGGUGAUUAGCACUAACCUAAAUAUGUUUUAUUCCUCCUAGAUAUUAGGGAUUUCUGGUCUUUAAAAGAUGCUCAAAAUAGCUCAUUCCCCAACCCACUGUUUCAUAUCGCUCCUCUAGCUAAUCCUAGAAAUCAGUUAAAACUCAUUUAUUCUCCUCAUUUAUCGCCCUAACUGAGCUAGCUUCUCCACCCAUAUUCCUAAUUCUGGCUCUAGAAGAGCCCUACCUACCCAGUUAUUAUAUUUUAGUAGCGAAGGUGGAACACAGGAAAUUGGCUAACCAACACAGCUGGCCUCUCUCCAGCCCCUCACCCCACAUCUUAGUCACUAACAAUCUGCAUUCACUCAGUUUGUUGCUCAUGUGGCAUUCUCAUUUGUUCACAACUUAAGUAACAGGAAAUAUUUUCAGAAGAAUAUGUACUGAGACAAGUAAAGACUGGGUCAGUUUCUUAAAACUUCACUUUCUCUUAUCAGUAGAUUAUCCUGUUGACAUAGUUCAUGCUUGAGAACACAGCAGCACACACACAUUAAAUGAAUCAUUAGUCAUGAAAACCCAAGAUUGCAAAUAAAGUGAAUGUGUCAUUAAAGCCCUCAGAGAAAGCAUUUGUUUGCUAGACUAAGUCUGUUAAUUAUGCUAACUUAUCUUUAUUUUCAGAUAGCUAAUCAUUCCUUAAAAUAGUGCCUGAAAAUACUUUAUCAUAUUCUUGACCUUGAAAAUAAAAAUUAUUUAAUUCUACAAUAAGAUCUUUCCUGAUGGCUUUUGGUUAAUAAUCCUUCACUUAAUGUGUACAUAUUGAUAUAAUUUAAGAGAUACUUUAUCUAAUUUUCAUGAAUAAAGAGGGCACUACUUUAAUCUUCAUGGAAGUAAUUUUUAACAGGACUUGAGGAAGGAAAUAUUCAUGCAAAGCAUGACUUAGAAAAUUAUAGUGCAAAGUUCUAUACAUCCUUCUAAAGUAACUGAUCUAUUAUCUCCGACUGGGCUGACAACAUAUUGGACUUUUGUGUUAUGCAGAUGUGAAUUCUGUAAGGGUAUAGCUUUUCAUUAAGCUAUAAAAGCUGUCUCAACCUUGACAUCUAGGAUUUCUCCUGUCCUCCUCCCCCCACCCCCGUAAAGUCAUCCUGUAUUUUUCAGAUGAAAUUUGGAUAAAACAGUGGGUUUAGAGAUUGAUGAUACAAGUGGCAGUUUUAAAAGAUCAAGCUCUUCAAAUCAGCUGAAAAGAAUGAGAAGUGAAGAGUCCUCAAAUACUGUCAGACUCCCAGGAGGUCCCAGUGCUUAGGUGCCAUGCCUCUCCCUUGCCCUCUCUGCUCACCAUCCACGCCAAGUGCAGUGGGUCCUGGGGCUUGUUUGUCUGCUGUGGCAUCUCCCCAGUGACCUCCGUAUAGCAGUCUCUGCGUCACAUGGGUAGCAUGUAGGAUACCUUCCUAAAGAAACAACCAAAACUUCUAAAAGGCCAUGAUAAUUGGCUUUAUAAUAGCAAAGCACUAAUUUUUAAUCUUUAUUGUUGUUUUCUCUUUACUAUUUCCUCCAAGUUUUGUUUAGAGAUAUUUCUGUUAGGAUAAAAAAAACUGUAAAGAUUUAUUAUUACAAAGAACAGUGAGAUAAAAGACAGCUGGACUGUAUCUAUUUGUAUACUUCUUUUGUUAUUUUUCAAAAAAAGAAGUUUAGCAGAGUAACUGAGAGUGCAUUAAACUCAGUAACAAUGUUUUUAAAAAAUCAUAUUACUAAUAUAGGUGAAGAGAUUAACUUCCUUCAUGUACUUAAGAUAUUCUAUUUACAUAUAUUUAUAUCCCCUCUUAAUUUUUUAUGCACUUCCAAGUUUUAGUUGGAAAAAUACAAACAAAGCCACUACUUAAAAGUUUUAAAAAUUUUAAAUUAUUUCAUUUUAGCUACAAGUUAUUCAUGGCAUAGGAAUUUAUUAAUAGUCUCAGUAUUUCAUAGGAAAUGCAUUUCAAGAGUAAAAUAGCCAAACUUAAAGAAAUAUAGGGUUACUUUAAAAUGUAUUAAGAUAAGUUUUAUACUCAGUUAAUGAUGCCAUUGAAGUAAGAUAAUGCAGUUAGAUAUACAAGCUAAAAAGGAAAAAGAAUAUAUUUUGUGGUCCUUACUGUUUGAUUGCACUAUUGUUUACCACAGCUUAGCCAUGUCUACUUCUAUAUUCUAACUAUUAAACUGAUAUGUAACUAAAGAUUUCUUACAGUUCUGGUAACUGGUAACUAGUGCUGUGAAAGGUUUUGGUAUUGUAACAUUCCCAGUCUUGUGAGUUAUAUAUUGUAUAUUGAAGAUGAUUAAUAAAUUGAAGUAAUAUAUUUGACUAGAGCUGGGAAAACAUGGUAAUUAUUUUCAAAUGUUUAAGUUUAAUCAAAAUUUUUUUUCUCUUAAGUGAGAUAAAAGUCUCACUUUUGUUAAAAUGUCUAUUUAUACAACAGGUUUCUCCUUUUAUUGAUUUUAUUAAUUUUCCUAUUAAAAUUGUUCUUAUCUUUUAUACCAAAAUAAUUAUCAUGCUGGGUAUUCAAACUGCCAAGAUGUAUUUUAGUUUGCUGGACUUUGGCAGACAAAAUAUUUAAUAACAAACCAGCUUUGUAUAUUUUGUGGCUUUGGGGGCAAGAUUUUACCUUUGAAUAUCUAAGUGCUGUUAUCAGCAAAGUCAACAUAGACAGUAUUAUUUGUAAUUAUCUGUAGAAGAUUUUCACAAAUUGUAUAAAUCAGUGCAUUUAUUUAUUAUGUUGUGAAAUUUAAUCUUUAUACAAAUGCAUAUUCUAGCCCUUUUCUUGUAACUGCUGUUGCUUAGAGUGUAAUAGCUCUGUUAACGAUUUACUUGCAUACUUGAAGUACUCAUUUCUGUCAAACAGAUGCCCAGUUUAUUUCCUUGUUUAAAAAAAGGUAUAGAUAACUGAAUAGUAAUAGAGACUUUGUUAAAAAAAUAAUUUUGUUUAAAAUAAAUAUGAAAAAAGGCAUAAAACCAAAAUGGAAUCACCAUUAUUAGGAUUUAAUGUAGCCAUGAUCCCAUUCUGCUAUUUUUUGCCAAUCUGCAUAUAGUUUAUCUUUAAGUCAGAACUUAUUUUCUUCUGUAUUUGUUGUAAAAGAAAUCUCAGUGAUUAUACUGCCAGUAUGAAAUUCAAAUGCACAUUAAAAAACUUGAACCCAAAAAAAUCUCACAUACCUCCAGCGGCUAGCAGCUAGCUCUAGGUUCCAGGCUGUAUAUUUUUAACAGUGAUUGCAUUUGAAUCUAGACUACUUUACAAAUAGUAACCAUGGUGGAUAAUGAUUUGUUUCUCUCAAUUACGUCAAUGGCAUUUGAGUUCUGAAUUGUUUUUGUUUAAAAAUAUUCUCUACUUAACUAAUUAAAAAACUAAAAAUCGAAACCAUAAUGGCACAACAUACCACACAGAAUAAAAUCAUGUUUUCAAGAAAGAAAAUAAAACUGUUCUGACUUACUGUGAGACAGUGUUAUAUACCAAAGAAAUCACUUUAACAAGCCCUAAAUUCAACUGUCUUAUAGUGUAAGCUGUAGAUGAAUUGUGAACUAUUUUAGCACUAUGAUAGGAGAUUAGGAAUUAAUUUACUGUAAUUUUAAAGACAGUUUUUGUUAAUUUUACUGUUGUACAAUUAUUGAAGGCAGGGGAAAAAUUAUGGGAGAAACAUCAUAUGGAUAUUAAAAGAAAAAGAAGCUUUUCUUUUGAAAAGAUUUGGAAAUAGUUUGAAUUUAGGUAUCUUUUACUUUAUAUUAUAGAAACACAAAACAUGUGUGACUUGUAUGGUAGGUACAAUACCACUAAAACAAAAUGGCACCCUGGUGAAGCCUAUGAGACCAUACCUGUGUUUUAUCAAAGUAAACAGCGAAUGCAGGGGCCCAUUCUCCUGUUGAAAUUUAGAAGUCAGUGAAGCAGAUGGUUUGGAUGACCUAAUCUUUUGCAUUUCCUACAUGCGGCAAGUGUCUGUGCUUUCUCAAGUUAGUGAUUGGUAUAGGGAGAACUAGUCAGAAGGGCUUAGCUAGCUCCUAUAGAAGAGCUCUGGUAAAUAUAGAUCAGACCAUAGCAUUCAGACUAUAAAGAGAUUUUCAUGUUUUUGCUAAGCCUUCAAAUUUUUGGCAAUGAUAGAUUUUCCUUUCAUUUGAAACAAAAAAAGUAUUAAAAUUUAUAAUAUUACACAGAGCUGAAUUCUGUGAUUCCUGAGGUAGGAAUAUAGUUUAGAUAAUAUUGACUUUGACACUGGCUCACUGUGUCCUUUCUACAAACUAUAUGUUUUGGUGCCUCGGUUUUCCCAAUUAAACAUGGCAUAUAAUAUUAUCAAUUAUAAGUACCUGGGAAUUUUUCUGUUGCAAAAGGAGUUAUGUAAGCAUGAAUCAUACCUAAAUUUAUUAUUUCUUUACCACUGUCAUUUGAGUUAUAAAGAAAAGCUUCCAAGACUAAAGCUUGAAAAUUAAAAUUCCAAAUUAACAUCCCUCGAUGCUCAGUCUUUUUACAGGAAGUUUUGUUAAAAUGAGAGUGAACUUACCUUAGUACUAUCAGUACCCGAGUAGGUUUGGGUAUUUUCCUCUGUGUACUACAGGUUCAUAUUAUUCAUUUUAGGGUCAACUAAAAACUCACUUCUAAAAUCUUCAGAAGUUUAGUGGGGUUUUUUCUGCACCCACCCCAAACAACCAUUUUACAGAUGUGAAAAUUAAGACCUUCACAUUUUUUCUUAUAUUAAUAACUCCCUAAAGAGGAAAAUGUUUUCCUUCCUUCCUUCCUUUUUUCUUUCUCUUUUGGAAAAUGUUUCUUUAAAUCAGUGGUUAAAAAAAAAAAUGGACCGCUCUUACCUUGUAACAUCACUGCUUCCUCUCUUACCUUGUGACAUCACUCCCUAUACUAAGUGAAUGCUGAAUGGUUUCCUUGCUAUUUGAUCCCAAGCAUGGAUCACUGGCUACAUUCUCUGGCUGUGGAGUGCUACUUCCUAAUGUAAAUUACCUUCAAAACUUCCUGUAAAAAGACCAAACUAGAGAUUGCCUUAAUUAUUAUCAUAAUGCAAACCUGAAUGCAAUUAAAUGAAAAAAAUUAGUAUAACCUACUUAAAAUCAUUAAAUAUAGAUGAGGGUAAAUGAAUACUUGCAUUUAUUUUUGCCUGACAUUUGAAUUCAGUCACUAUCUCAUCCUUGACUUAAGAUUUCUUUGCAAAAAUAUGGUAUUUUUUAUAGCAUAAUGUGGUCUCUUGGAGCUCCUAUUGCAUCCUCCUCCCCUAAAACUGUAUGACAUAAGGGGAAAGACUGAAUCUGAACUUAUUCAUAUAGUAUUUUGACCUGUCUUAUUAGCACAACUUAGUUUUCAUAAUGACAGAUCCCUCAUUGAUGAUUCCGGAAUAAUUUGAUAUAGUGACAAGAAGAAAUCAUUGUUUUGGGAACUUGCUUUCCACAAUGACCUAAUAUACUGUUGACCUUAGUAUAAUUAAAAUUAAUUAUAAUUUUAUUAAGAGCCGGCCCUUUUUACAGAUUUCAAUUGUGCAGCAGAUUUUAACAUACAUACUGUUGAGGAUGGAAAUAUUGCAAACUUGAGCAGUUCUUUCUUUUUUUUCUUCUCCUUUUACUUGAAAAACUUUCAGAAAGCUUUGAGAGAGGACACAGUUUCCGUAGCAACAUAGUCUUCUUCCAGGAAACUCAUAAACUAAAACAUGGAACAAAACCAAUGUUUAAUCCUAAUCUUGGUUUUGGACAGUGUAAACAAAAGCAUUCUAUAUAUCAGAGUUUUUUUCAGUGUUUCUGCAGUUUCAUAUAUCAUUUUUGUCCAUCUCAAAAAUUGAAUCAGCAGUUUAUGUUCUAUUUCUAAUUAGUUGUGGUAAGGCAAUAAUUGCGUUUAUCAGUACAACCUUUCACCAUUUUUCUCUCCUAUGCUUUUUCUGUUUUUCAGUAACCACUUUUCUGACCUUCAUUCUACCACUUCUAGUCUGUCUUCCUUAUGAUUGACAGAGUGGUCUUUCUAAAACACAAAUUUGCUUUGCAUCACUUUGCUAAAAGUUUUUAAAUACUCUCUCCUUUCUUUACAACAUAGCAUCCUAAUUCUUUAGCAUGGUGGAUAGUGCUUUCUAUGAACUUGAGUUGUUUGCAUCCCCACCUACCGAUUUCCACCCCCCACCCCCCCACCCCGCUUUUUUUUAAAGCAUUCUUGCCCACCAUUUUCCUGGAAUUUGGAACCAUCCACAACUUAGUCUUCAGCAUAAUCACAUACUAUAGGUCAACUCAUUCGAGACUCAGUUCAAAUUCCUCAAACCAAGUUAAGCUUUUCAUCCAUGCUCCAUAGAAUCUUGAAUUUUUUUCUAUUAAAAUAACAUCACUUUUCAACAAUUUUAUAUAUUAUAUGCCUGCCCCCCGAAUUUCUCUCUUUCUUUUAAUUUCUAGUCUCACUAUCUAGCUACCACACAAUAGGACUUUAAUAAGUGUUUUUGAAUGGAUGAUGUAAAUGAGAACCCAAACUUUUCUAUAGUUUUAUACUUUCACAAGUGAAAACUUGGACUUCUCUCAGAGUCCACAUGAGGUCUAAGUGUCUUCAUGAGCACACACACACUCUGGGAAACCAACAGAUGAUGGACAGCAGGGAAGAACAGUCACUUUAUGAAGGAUAAUCAUUUGUUAGCUAUUCAUCAGAGACACUUACCAAGUCUGAAUUCUUAUUUCUAAAUAUGAGGCUUAUCAAAAUCACAUAACUGACAAAUUCUUAUUUGUCAUUCCUAAAUAUGCCGUAAAGGUGAUCUUUGUCUUUUGUAGACAUUCGGUAUAUACAAUCUAUAUAAACACAUACACUGAUUACCUACACAAAAUAAUGAGACUUCAGAAAGAGUAAAAAACAAUAAUGAAGGUGAAAUUUUCUUUUAAAUAAUGUUCAACCAAAGAUAUUGACUGAAUUUGUGUGAUUUCAGGUCAUUUGUAGCUAAUGUCUAUUUCACUUUUUUUCUGAUGCAAAUGUAAGAAGGCUUGUUUGUGACUUUCACCCAUUAUACAAUAUAAAGAAUAAAAACUAUUAUCUGUGCACUAUAGGUUUAUAUUAUUCAUUUUAGGAUAUACUAAAAACGCAAUUCCAAAAUCUUAGAAAAUUUAGUAGUAUUUUUUCUACACUCACCCCAAACAACCAAGGGCCUGGUUUUCUUUUGUGAUUCUAUAAAACCUUUUGACUGUGUCCCCAAAUCAUGGUAAAGGUUAACACAAAAGCUCUUUAAAGUUAAUCAUUUCUAAAAUUAAAUAGUAGUCCAAAAUGUAUGCAAUUAAAUUAAAUGCCCUCUUCCUUCAUCCACUUAAUAGACAUUUUUCUGCCUGCUCUAUUCUUGGCAUCUGAUUAGAGGUUGGGGUACAACUAAAGUAAGGCAUAGCUCUUACCUGGGAGAGUUUGUUUUUUUCAUGAUUAUUUUUCUACAGUCCAUUUAAGAAAUUGGGAGGACAUUUUUUUUAAACCAAGUAUUUCUCAGGGUAUUUCAGAGACGUGGUCUCUUUUCACAUUAAAAAACUAACAAAUCCUGUGUCAUUAAGAAGUAACCCCGUUUUUAUGCCUACAGUUUUUGUAUUUUCAGAUCAUCCACAAAUAAUUUUGCCCACCCCUUGUCAAGUACAUCUUUCAUCAAACCUGUAGAAUGCCAUUUCCACAACCGUAACUGCUGUGUGUGAUCCAGGAGACUAAUAGAUUUGUAGAACAUAAGUAACAUUUCAAGUCCAUUUUACAAAGGCAUAUGUCCCUAUUAAUGACACUUACACCAAAAUAUAUGGGGUAUGCAUUGUGAGCCCACAGCAGAGGGAAACAUAAAGUAAUGCUUCCUGAUGUAAAAGGCUCCAUUUGAGCUUACGAGUUCCUGUUUCCACCUCGGUUAUUUUUAUUGGCGAGUCAGGAGUGAUAUUUAACAGGUAGCAUACUUAUCUAACCAUAGAGUAAGCAUACUAAGCAUAUUUGUGUGCCACAAUACAGUGAUAUAGAUGAAACAAAACAAAAAUCUUGGAGUUAUAAAAAUGAACUUAACUGAAUAUUUAUUGAUAGGCAAUAGGGUUCCUUUAUGACAAGGAGAAAAACUGCCGUUAUCUUAAUUAUCAGUAAGUAUGGGGGGGUGGGAAAACACUUGUAUGUAUAUUUACAUUUUGAUAAGCUUAUUUUGAAGUUUCCAUUUCCCAUCAGCAUAAAGUAUCAAUCAUUUCUGUGUUCUCUAGCAAAAGAAAACUCUUAGUUUGAAACAACUUUACUCUUUUUUGGAUGUUAUCAAAGGUCCACAAAAGAAGGAUGCUCAGAUGGCUGGGUAGAUACUUCCCCUUACAUUCAGCAUUCUGAUUUCACCCUUUGAUAAAGAUACACAGUAACAAUUUGCCUUCUACUUAUCAUAUUGAAAACAUAAUACAGUAGUAGAGUUCUUUUAGCCCUUACAUUGGAAAAGAUAGGUUUAAUUUAGCCUUUGCUAUAUUAUUUAUAGUUAAGAGUUUACUACAUUUUGGUAGUCUGUUUUGAAAUUGUACUGUAUCUGAAAGAUGCAGAUCAUGUCUAUUUAUUACACAAUGGGCUCUGUUUGCUGCAGAAAAGAGUAAAACUUUUAACUGCUUAGCACACUUGCCGGUGAAAUAUACCUGACAGGGCAGAGGUUAUAACUUUGGCUCUAAUUAGUUUUAAUAAUGGUAGGAAAAUGUGUUUUGUUUGUUUACAUGCUGUUUACAAUGGCAUAAUUUUUAAAUAUAUACAACAAUUGAGAUAUUUAUUGCAUACUGUUUUAAAGAUGUUUUAUGUGUUUUCACCUUUGGAAUAUAUUGUUACAGUUCCUCAUACAGGUAAUUUGGGUGGCUUUGUUAAUAAUGUAGCUAGCAAUUUUUAUGACUACUAAGUGACCAGUUUUCUGUGCCUUUAUUGUGGGAUGCAUGGUGUAUUUAUUGUACGGGAGUCACUGAUGCGUGUAUUUUUGUACUUGGCUGAGAGUUACGGUUGAUCUCCAUGUACAUGAUGAUGAGAGAUGCCUUUCCCAAAGGGCACUGCCUUGAGAUCAUAUUUCUCAAAUAAAAAGAAUGCAUUUGGACAAUG